GUUCCCAACCGGGAGAGGGACGCUCUCGGCUGGGGGUCAUGCCUGGCGCGGGGCUGCUUUGCUGGUUGGGCUCGCGGCUGCUAUGCAGAGGCCUCCGCGCUUCAGUUCACGUGUCCACGGAGGCUAGAGAAGCAGGGCUGAAGAGCGGGGGCCUAUGGUGUGUCACAGCUAGGCAUAUUGCUGACAAAGCCACAUGGUGGAAUGAGCACCUUACAGAAGAAAAUAACCAGUUCUUUAGGAAGCUGAUAGCAGAAGAAGACAAAGCUCAGAUUGCUAGUAAACUGUAUCCAUUGAAAGAUGAACCUUGGCCUUUGCACGACUGGAAGCCAGGUUCCAAAAGAGUUGGUGUUGUUGCAGUAAAGUUAGGAAUGAUGCCACUAUGGACCAAGAAGGGUGAAAGAUUGGUUGUCACUUUACUUCAUGUUGAAGACUGCCAUGUUUUGAAGUACGUACCAAAGGAAGAAUUUGAUGGGAAAGAUCAUGGUCUACUUGUUGGAGGAAAAACUGUCUCUCGGAUUUAUAAAAGUGAGGCUGCAAUGGAGUUGUACAGAGAAACUGGCAUUCCGCCAAAGCAAAAAGUUACUACAUUUCAAGUGUCACCUAAUGCGCUCAUUAAACCAGGUACUCCCCUGUAUGCUGCCCAUUUCCGACCUGGACAGUUUGUGGACGUUACUGCAAAAUCAAUUGGCAAAGGUUUCCAGGGUGUUAUGAAAAGAUGGGGUUUUAAAGGCCAGCCUGCUACCCAUGGCCAGACUAAAACACACAGACGACCUGGAGCGAUUUCCAAUAGCAAGGUUGCAAAGGUCUUCAAAGGAAAGAAAAUGCCUGGACAGAUGGGUAACCGCUUCGUGACAGUUAAAGGACUAAAGGUGUGGCGGAUUAGCACAAAGCAUAACAUCAUAUAUGUAAAUGGUGCUGUCCCAGGACACAGGAAUUGUUUAGUAAGGGUCCGUGAUUCAUCCUUACCAGCCUACCGAGGUAACCAUAAGGACUUGCCAUUCCCAACAUUUUUUGCUGAUGGGGAAGAAGAGCUGCCUGAUGAGCUGUACGAUGAGGAAAUUUUUGAGUUCACUGAGCCCUCCAUUUCAUUCUCUUAGCUCCUGUCAUCCUGAAGAACACGAACCCGCCACUUUCUCUUCAUGAAUAUCGCUCUGGAGGCCCAGUGCAAGAAGUCCUCCACUGGCCCUCUGACAUUGUCAACCUGCCCAACAGAACCUGGUUGUACUUGUCAAAGCAAUUUGCUUAUAACAGUUUCUAAAAUGCAAUUGAAUAUACAGCAAACUGAAAAGUGUCUAAAGGACGACGGGCAAAGAAAUGUUGACACUGUUGACUGACUGCUUUAAAAAUUCAGUGUUCUAAAUUCCAAAACCUUCCAAACAGAUCAUAUUAGUAUGUCUGCAGUACUGGAACUGUUUGCUUCAAUUAUACUAUGAAAAAAAAAAAUAUCGAUCCCCUUCCUUAAAAAAAACAGUAACAAUUCAUAUUUACUUAAUAAAAUAUGUUUAAUUAA